AUGUCGUCGUCGUCGCUGUCUCCGGCGGCGGGGAGGACGUCCGGGUCGGACGGGGACUCGCCAGCUGCGGACACGCACCGGCGCGAGAAGCGGCGGCUGUCGAACCGCGAGUCAGCGCGGCGGUCGCGGCAGCGGAAGCAGCAGCACCUGGACGAGCUGGUGCAGGAGGUGGCGCGCCUGCAGGCCGAGAACGCGCGCGUGGCCGCGCGCGCCGCUGACAUCGCGUCCCAGUACGCGCGCGUCGAGCAGGAGAACACCGUGCUCCGCGCCCGCGCCGCCGAGCUCGGCGACCGCCUCCGCUCCGUCAACGAGGUGCUCCGCAUCGUCGAGGAGUUCAGCGGCGUCGCCAUGGACAUCCAGGAGGAGAUGUUGCCCGCCGACGACCCGCUGCUCCGCCCGUGGCAGCUGCCCUACCCCGCCGCCGCCAUGCCCAUCGGCGCCCCGCACAUGCUCCACUACUGA